UACAAUACAAGCUGGCAAACAAAUAUUACUAUCUACAGUUUGGAACAUUACACUGCUUAGUGCUUAGGGUUUUAAGUCGCUCCAAAACCCAUAUCUAUAUGCUAUGCCCAUUCUCUUCCUUCUCUGACUCGUUCUUCAAGAAUUAUCAGGUGUGCAUGCUGAGAGGGGGUGGGGGUGUUUGGAUCAUGCAUGCUAUAAAGGGUGGCUGGGCUCGCCAAACAUAUGCCCUUGCCAAGAGCAAUGAGUCUGCAGGAAGGAAAACUCGCGUUCGGCGUUCAAAGGAGGAGAGGAAGGAAAUGGUUGAAUCCUUCAUAAAGAAGUACCAGAGUUUAAACAAUGGAAAUUUCCCCUCUCUAAGGCUCACGCACAAGGAAGUUGGUGGGUCUUUCUACACAGUAAGAGAGAUUGUUCGAGAAAUAAUCCAAGAAAAUAGAGUGUUGGGUCCUGCUAAGUCAUUGCCAUUUGAGCAGAAUGCUGAUCAGCUAUUAGAGGAAUCGCCACUGGGUACAAUUUCCACACAUCCUGGAAGUUCUUUUUCCAUAUCAACAAAUGGAAGCCCUUCUGAAUCUGAUCAACUUCUUGAUACGGGUGAAGAACUAUAUUUAAUUUCUGAUAGGCAUUAUGCUAAGCCAGAACAGCUGGGGUUUGACAAUGAACAAGUCAUUAAUGGGAGACCUGUAAUUGUUACAAAUGUAGAAUUUGAUGAAAUAAAUGUUGCAAAGGCUGAAGUAAGUGAAGCAAAGGAACCAAAGAAAAAUGCGGAAGAAGUAGCCGCAACUAGGACUGAAGUAACUCAAAUGGCAGAUGUGAUUGUAGAAACAUUUCCAUUACGACCUGUUACUCAGCUACCUGACAAUUUGGAUGAAACUUUCAGCACAUUGAGGGAUUUAAGUGGAACCUUAGUAGAAAAAGAUGUUGAAAAGGUACCCCUGGGACCAGGAUCCGUUGCUUCUAAUCCAGAUGGAAUGAAUUUGUCAAAUAACUCCUGUUUGGUGGAUGAUAAAGAGGAGGAAAAACUAGCAGGUCCUUCAUUGGAAGGAGGCUCCAGUUUGGUGAAUGAGAAAGCCUUGGAAACCGCAGCAGAUCUGCCAUCAGGAAGCUCAAAUUUGAUUGCUACUAAGGAUUGUGUAGUGCAUGAUACUCAGGUUGCCAUAGACGUUGAGGUUAAAUCAUCCCACAAUGAUAAGGCAAUUGCUGAAACUAAGGUUUUCAAUGCACCAAAUGGGACCCAAACUGGAUCUCUAAAUGGCAAUUAUGGCAGCAUCAAUAGCAGCGAGACAGUAUCCCAAGAAGAGGUUACUAAUAAUAAUAAAGCUAAUGUUCAACCUAGUGGCAGCUCUCAGAAAGCAAACAAUCCAAAAUUAGACAGAAUUAAUCUUAAAUCUUGGGAAGGAGAUUCUAAGAAGCAUGCAGAAACUAACCCGCUGUGGGGAACUAUUAAGUCGUUUGUAGAUGCUUUCGUAAAAUUUUGGUCCUAGUGAAGUUUUGUUGAAUCUGUUGUUUAUAAUUUUUGCAGGGCCGUUAAGUAGUUCAUUUCAGUUCUUCGUUUCCUCGAGUAAUGUAUAAACUUACCUAGGUUUCAAUGUUAAGAGAGGCAAUAUAAAUUGUUUCUGAAUCAAUCUCUAUUAGAAUAUUUCCUUUGAUGGGGCUUUUAGUAUAGCAAAUUAUAUGUAAUUGCUUUAGCUUUUCACUUUGUAAA